AUGCAUGCGCAGACGCGCGAAGAUCCGUCCCAGAUGCAGCCGAGGCUUCCAGAGCAAGGCUGCAAGUGCACCGACUUGCAUGCUCUGCAGGCAGAGAUGCAGGUCCUGAAGUCGGAACAGGAGGCGCAGCGGCUACGACAUGAAGCUGCAUUGACCGGCCUCGCAGACAAGCAGCUCGAGGCCCAGAACCAGCUGGAGCGAGAGGUGCUCAGCUGGCACACGACCUUCGAGCAGCAUAAACUUCCCCAGCAAGACUCGCAGGAAGUGCCUGCACUGCCUGUUGCCGCGUUGCUGCAGAAGUUGGCCAAGCUCGAGCAGAAGACCGCCGAGCUCGAAGACAGCUUAGCAACGAAGGCGCAGAGACAACGGGAAAUGGAGCUAACACAGCUUGCUCUUCAGAAGCAACUCGAAGAUGAGGCUGCCAUGCGCAAAGAGAUGUUCCAGGACCUCGAUAACAAGCUGUCGCAGCAUAUCGAGCGGCACUAUUGUGUGCAGGACCGCAUCGAGGUCCUUGAGCAGGUCAUAGGCGGGACAGAUGAAACGAUGGUCGAUGAGGCGAUGAGUGAGUUGCCUUUCACGCAACGCCUCAGGAAUAUUGAACAGCUUGUGUCGCGGGAGUCGGUGAUGCUGACGCGACUGAACUAUCUGGAUGAGACCAUGCGUGAUGCCUGGGAGAUCGGAAAGAACAUUGUCGCCAAAAUGGAUGGCCUGCGUCUUCUAGUCAAGAUGGGCAGCAGAGACACAGAGAAAUCCAUGUACAUCGUGGACAGGUUGCAAAUCGAGAACAAGGACUUGGUUGAGCGUGUACAUCGGCUGGAGCGGCAGUUCUGUCGCCGCGAGAGCGGAGAGCAGGCACUGAUUCACCGAACGGAAAUUCUGGAGAAGAUGAUCGGAGUUGGCGAUUCCUUUGAGCCUGCCAGGGAGUCAGCAAUGGUCGAUAGAAGCAUUCGCAGCGAGGCAUGCACAGCUAUAGCCUUGGCUAGCAGCGUCGAGAAGGCGGAUGGCACGGUCAGCCAGACAGCGCCGGUCAAAGUCAGCCUGAGGGUUCGCAUCGAGCUCUUAGAGUCUUGGAUGAAGAUCGAGCAGACUCUGACCAAGCGAGUCGACACGUUGGAGUGCUGUCUGGCCGAGAAUCUCGGCCAAGCAGCAGAGGCGGAGACCCUGAAAAAUCGCCAAGCCGCAGCUGCACGCGCAAGAGCUGCACGAGCUAAGAAGGCCAAGCCGCACCAAGGAUGCAGUCGGGCGGCUGUCAGAAGUACAAGGAAAAGGCGGCACGGGUAG